CUUGUCUUCCUUCCUUCUUGGUUCGUCUUGCCGUCGUUGAUGUCCUUGCUCAAUGCAGGGCUCAAGUUGGCCAUCUCGGCCAUCAACCUCAUCGACGUCUUCAAGGCGCUGACAGCGAGCGGAUCAAAGUCGGCGACGGCGCCGUCCUUCUCUGAGCUCGGCCGUGCUACGUCGACUACUCAUCGCCUAGUCAGGGACGCAGUGGGUACACCCAGUCGUCAGCCGCACACUCGCUACCGCAUAGGAAGCACGCAAAGACGGCAACAGCUCCGGCUAGCGUUGUCACUCGUCGUCGUAUGGACAUUGUACCAGAGCGUCGAGCCUGUCCUGGACGCCAUCGCCUCGUACAUCGUCCCCUUCUACUCCACACUCAAGACGGCCUUCCUGUUAUGGCUCUUCUUCGCACGGACCGGCGCAUCCAUGCGUAUCAUUUCCACCCUCAUCAACCCCGUCCUCGCCCCUUACCAAGUCCUCAUCGACGCCAUCAUCUCCAGCACACUGAACCUCUUCUUCAAUUUGACCUUCCUCGCGUCGCUGCCCAUCUCGUGGGGACUGCUGUACGUGCGCAGAUCGACCGGUAGGGUCGUCAAUUGGGCUCGCCUCUGGAUGCCUUGGAGGGAGGCGAAGAUUGAAGACAGUCCGAGCAAGAGCGUCCGGAAUGGCGAUGGCUCGCCGAGGAUGCCGCCGCCGUCAUUGUCAACAAGGCGACGACCACGACCAUCUUCAGAUGGCUCACCAUCACUAUCGGCGCCCACACAGCGCCACCGUACUGCCAGUCUCGGCAUGGGCAGACCAGCGCAACUCGCCCCCCAUUCCUCUGCGCGCUCUGUCUCAUCCUCCUCCGGCUCAUCACGUCCAACUGCCCCCUCAGCAGCCACGAUGAAAGCGCUGCAGGACCUCCCGCCUGCUCCGACUGGCUUCUUUACCACAAGUCAAGCAGGCGACGGCAGCUUUGCCUUCAUCCCUGGCGGUCAGAAAGAGGAGACAGAAGAUGCAUCGCUCCCUGCUGCGCUGGAUCCUUUCACCCCCUCGAUUCUGCCUGGCGGGUUUGGCCUCUCGAACGUCGUGGGCAAGAAACGCGGUCCUCUCAAGAUGCCCGCUGCUGCCAAGGCCAGAAACAGCAAAGCAGCAAGCAGAUGUGAAGAAAGCUGCAGUGAAAGGUCGGAAGCAGGCGGGUGAGCUUGAUGCAAUGGACGAGGAUGAGGAAGAGGAUGGAGAGGAAGAGCAGCCGCUAUUCAGAGGGCAAGACGAGGAGGAACAGAAACCCACAAACAAAGACAGCGUAAUUACUCCUUCUCGUCGGAGAAGAAAGGAAAGCAUAGACGCCCCCUCCUCGGCCCUAGCGUCAGCGUCCAAGCGUCCCAAGCUCCAAGUCUUCGAAGACCCCAGCUUGAGCGGCAGCGAGCCCACGGCGAGACGUAGCACGCGCGCUUCAAGCUCGCGGGCGAAUAGUCGAGCCAACAGUGUGGUUGACGGGGAAGAGGUGUCAGAGGAGGCGGCGACGAACGGUAGGAGACCAGCAGCCAAGCGCGGUGGCGAUGUGCUGCGCCCGCCCCUCAGCGGGCUUCCGAGGUCGGUCAGUACCAGGGGAGGCAG